UCCUCAGACCUCUACUUUAAGAAAUAAUUGAUUUAAUUUGCUGAAUUCAGCCAUAUUGGUCUCUCUCACAUAGUGAAAUAGGACUAGAUUUGUAAUCAUGGAGGAGAGCUUUGACAACUAAUGAAUGACCUAUUAGGAUGAAUAAAGCAGAAUACCACAUAUAUGAGACUAAUCUUGCAGAAUUCAGAUCUGGUUCUUGGCAUGUACAGCAGACUAUUUCAAGAGAAAUGGACACUUGUCAUGAAAUCAGAAGUUAUGAUGCCUAGGUGUGCCACUGGAUUGCUACAGAAAUAUUUGGAUGGAAGCAGUUGUGUUUUCUUGUGGAUGCCAAAGUAAAUUCUACAUGGUUGUCAACGACUCAAAAGUCGUACUGGAAAGUGCAUCCAACUGGUCGGGACCCGGAAAGAACGGGGAAGGUUUUCAUGCAAAUGCAGGAACAAUUGUCCUAGGAGCAUUUUUAUUUCUUUUGAUAUUUUUAACCAUUUUGGGCAAUUCACUUGUUCUGAUGGCGGUGGUUAUGAGAAGGAAACUACGAACGGUGUCCAAUAUGUUUAUUGUGUCCUUAAGUUUGACCGAUUUUCUGUUGGGAUCUAUCGUAAUGAUACCGUCUGCUCUCCAGGAAAUAUUUGAAGAAUGGAUUUUUGUUCAAGAGUAUUGUGCAGUAUGGGUAUCAUUCGACGUGAUGCUAUCUAGUGCUUCUGUUUUAAAUGUAUGCCUUAUCAGCAUAGACCGCUACAUCUCCAUUAUCACGCCUUUAAGAUACAAAACAGUGAUGACCUUCCAAAAAGCUUUCUUAAUGCUGGGAGUUGCGUGGACCAUAGCAAUUCUGUCCUCUUUUGUUCCAAUUAUGGCUGGAUUUCACAAUCCCGAUGUUCCCUCUUUGAAGAAUUUAACUUUAUUUUCUAAAACCCCGCUGUGUUUGUUCAUUAUAAGCGGUACGUAUGGUGUGAUCGCCACAACAGUAACAAUUUUAUGUCCAAUUAUCAUAGCUAUUGUUCUCUAUUAUCGCGUUUCAAAGGAAGCAAAAAGACAAGCUUUUUUUGCAAGUACCCUUCUCGCUCCAGGCCAUGUUCUUCUUAGACAACAUGUUCCUACAAAACAUUUAAGGGAGCCUUUCACCCGGAAAGCCACGGUGACGUUGGGGACAAUCGUAGGUGCUUACGUCACAACAUGGUCUCCGUUUCUGUGUGCUAAUAUCGUGGAAGGAUUUUGUCAGUGCAUUCCAGGAAAAUUGUUUACGUCAUUUGUAUGGCUUGGUUACUGUAACAGCUUAAUUAACCCAAUUAUUUAUCCUUUAUUCAUGAGAGAUUUCAGAAAGGUCUAUGUUUUGGCUCUGUCCAAAUGCUGUCCGUUCUUACAUAAAAUAAAGAACUUUCGAAUAGAACAAACAUUAUACAAAGGAAUACAACAUCAGAUUCAGUAAAUAUUAUCUAGCUCUAUAUCACGGAAUACAACAUCAGAUUCAGUAAAUAUUAUCUAGCUCUAUAUCACAACAUCAGAUUCAGUAAAUAUUAUCUAGCUCUAUAUCACGGAAUACAACAUCAGAUUCAGUAAAUAUUAUCUAGCUCUAUAUCACAACAUCAGAUUCAGUAAAUAUUAUCUAGCUCUGUAUCACAACAUCAGAUUCAGUAAAUAUUAUCUAGCUCUAUAUCACGGAAUACAACAUCAGAUUCAGUAAAUAUUAUCUAGCUCUAUAUCACGACAUCAGAUUCAGUAAAUAUUAUCUAGCUCUAUAUCACUAAUGAAGUGAUAUGUUGUUAAAAACAUGUAUCCUGUUUUACUGUUGUUGAAUAUUUUUGUUUUUCAGAGUUCUAAUAAAUUUUAAAAAUUC